CGGUCAUGGCACAGCAGCGGUCGACCAAGCUCCGCGGCGAGAAGCGCGCAACGCGCAUCGACAAGGAUGUCAAGAAGGUCUCGAACCUCAACCGCGCGCUCUCGUUCGCGUACGACAUUCUCUGGAGCUACCGGUACUUCAAGUACAUGGCCGCCUUUCUACUGCUGCUCGAAGCGGGCCUCGGCUACGCCAUCAUCCAAAAGAUUCCGUACACGGAGAUUGACUGGAAGGCCUACAUGGAGCAGGUCGAGCUUUUCAAGGGCGGUGAGCGCGACUACGUCAAGAUCCGCGGUGGCACGGGGCCGCUCGUGUACCCUGCUGGCCACGUGUACAUCUUUUCGCUGCUGCACAGCGUGACCAACAACGGCGCCAACAUCCGCCUCGCGCAAUAUAUCUUUCUCGGCUUCUACCUCGUCAUGGUGGCCACGAUUUUUGCGAUCUUCUACCGCGCACGCAUGUGUCCGCCGUGGACGGCCAUGCUUGUCUGUACGUCCAAGCGCCUCCACUCGAUCUACAUGCUGCGCCUCUUCAACGACGGCGUGGCCAUGAUGUUCCUCUUUCUCGCUGUGUACCUCUUCUGCCGGCAGCAGUGGCGGUACGGCUGCGUGCUCUACAGCAUCGCUGUCUCGAUCAAGAUGAACGUCCUCCUCUUCGCGCCCGGCGUCUUUUUCCUGCUGCUGCAGUCGUCCGGUGUCCUCCGCACCCUCGGGUACCUCUCGAUCUGCGCCGCCGUCCAAGUCGCGCUCGCACUGCCGUUCCUCAACCACAACUGGUGGAGCUACGUCACAAAGGCGUUCGAGUUUAGCCGCGUCUUUACGUACGAGUGGACGGUCAACUGGCGCUUCGUCUCGGAAGAAGUCUUUGUCUCCAAGGGGCUCUCGAUCGCGCUGCUCGCGUGCCACGUCCUUUUCUUGGCCCUCUUCUUGCAAAAGUACUUUUUUGCCGCGCCCAACAGCUGGCGCUACCUCUUUUACCAGCCCUUCUCGCUCACCGACCGCCAGCCGAUCCGCGCCGAGCGCAUCGUCACGUCGCUCUUCGCCAUCAACUUUGUCGGCAUUUGCUUUGCGCGGACGCUCCACUACCAGUUUUACGCGUGGUACUACCCGACGCUGCCGUACUUGGUCUGGAAGACGAACGUGCCAUUGAUCUUCAAGGCCAAGAUCCUCAUCAUGGUCGAGUUUGCCUUCAACACGUUCCCGUCGACCGACGCGUCGUCGCUCGUCUUGCAGCUCAGCCAGCUCAUGCUGCUCGCGUCGCUCUACACGGCCAGCGACGAAGGCAAGUACCAGUCGUAUUUGGACGCCGACGCCCGUGAAAACCUCGUGCGCUUCAUGAACGAAGAAGCGUUUGACGGCUCGCGCCAGUUUGCCAUGUACUACGGCAGCGUCACGGAAGACCUCGCGGAAGGCGCGUCCGUCGUCUCGAUUGACGAGCAAGAGGUCGUCUUGCGACUCCCGAAAAUGAACUUUACGCUCGCGAUCGGCUUUGGGAGCUCGGCGCCCGUCACGAGCGAGGGGUACGCCAAGCGUGUGCUCUCGGGCAUGCUCGCCGAAGCCGACGACGGUCUCCAACGCGGCAUCAACAUGGCCGACGUCGUCUCGCGCGAGAUGGCCGAGAUGAACAGCGGCGAGCUCCGCGCCCGCCUUCGCCCCCGCAAGCCCUAGAUUGUCCUUCGUUUCUGGCCACAACGUAUCAACAACAUGCAUGUGCUUGAGAA